AUGUAUGAACAUGACUUACUUCAUUUAACUAAAAGGCUUGAACACCGCGAAUGUCCAGAAUUAGAGCAGCCAGAAAUAGGAAAGGUGGUCGUGUCUGGACGUCUGUUCGGAAACAAGGCUACUUACUCCUGUCCCCACGGGUACCACGUGGUGGGGCUUCAGAGCAGGAGCUGCCAAGCCGACGGUAAAUGGGCAGGGCAGCCACCAGCGUGCAAGGAAAAUAUCUAUUGCCUCCAACCGCCAACCAUCGAGCACGCGCGGCACUCCGCGUUACCUGAACAAGCCACCUUCGACCUUGACGCCACCGUUCAGUACAACUGUCACACUGGCUACGUCACCAACGGCUUCCCCAGGGCAAAAUGUUUAGCUAUAGACGGACAGGCGUCUUGGUACGGUCCUGACAUCAGCUGCGAGCCUCGCUCAUGCGGUGAACCAGGCGACGUGCCCCAUGGUUGGGUUACAGCUGAUUGCCACACUUUCGGCUGCCGUGCUGUGGUUCAAUGCGGACAAGGAUUCGAACUCGUGGGGAAAGCUGAACGUUACUGUCAAGCAGAUGGAGCUUGGGCACCGAAGGAACUUCCGACCUGUGUCCAAGGAGGAGAGAAGGGGACAGUUUGA